UAUAUAAUCCAAGAACUCCUCUUCCUCCCACCUCCGCGCUUUGCCAACUAAUCUCUUCAGCUAGCUUUCCCUUUGCGCAAGCUGCAAUGGGUCUGAGACUUUACAUGCCUUUCAACUCCAAUCAAAAGCCAUGGGGGCUUCGCUGGCGGUCAUCUGUUUGGUUCAUCACUACAGUCGUCGGUUUCGGCAUUACCACCGAUUUAUUGGUUUACUCAAUCAUCAUCCCCGUCUUGCCGUUCCAGCUCGAGCGUUUGUCAUACCAUAAGGUUUCCUCGCUCACAGGUUGGCUACUGUGUGCAUAUUCCGCCGGGCUGGUCCUUUCAACAAUCCCUAUUGCCAUGCACUCAGAACGAUAUUCGACGAGACGAAUGCCAUUGAUCCUUGGCCUCCUUGCGCUCAUUGGUUCCCAGGUUAUGUUCAUGGAGGCCCCCAAUUACGCAAUCAUGGCUGUCGCUCGUGUGUUGCAAGGAAUUAGCUCUUCCAUGGUCUGGAUUGUAGGCCUGGCGCUUUUGUGCGAUACCACGCCAGAGAAAAAUGUUGGCAGACAAUUGGGUAUUGCAAUGACUGGCCUAUCCGUCGGUCUUCUAGUUGGUUCGCCCGCUGGUGGUGCCUUAUAUUCUCGCUUCGGCUUCCGCGCCCCAUUCAUCUUUGGGGAACUGUGUGCAGUUGUCGAUCUUCUCCUCCGGCUUCUUCUCAUUGAAAGGGAUGUUGCAUUGAAAUGGGGCUACGACCCAUCAGAACCCACGGCUGUAGUGAUUAUGGAGGCGCCGGACGCUUCUUCUACACCUGAAAUUCAGCUCUCCUCCAUCCCAGCCGCUCAUGUGCAUGCAAGCACUGAUGUGGAAAUUAAUAAAGUAGAACGAUCGAUAGCUUCGGACAAGUCUCUAUUACCCAACGCACGAAAGCCCUCAAUAUCACGCAAAUCAAUUCUUGACUCGGCACUCAAUCGCAAACCAACACCAUUACUCUCAGUAAUUAUCAAAUUAUCGCAGUCACCUCGCGCAUUAGUCGCUCUAACCAUGACGUUCGUAUAUGGACUGGUACAGAGCAUGCAAGAGCCCUCCCUUCCGCUCCAUCUCCAAUCUGUAUGGAAUUUUAAUUCAGAUCGGGUGGGUCUUGCCUACCUGGCAGCAGUCCUCCCAGCCUUGAUCUCGUCACCACUAGCGGGCUAUUAUGUUGAUCAAGCGGGUUCCGACUACAUAACAUGCAUAUGUCUGAUCCUUGCAUUGCCGUGGUGGAUUGUCAUGACCCUACGACAGUCAUUACCCCUGUUUAUUUUUGCUCUCGCCGCUCAAAGUUUCUUCGUUUCUGGUGUCGUUGCGCCUGUGACGACUGAACUUGCAUCUGUGUCUCGAACAAUGGCAGGCGUCGGGUAUGCUCAUGUUUAUGGCGCGUUUAAUCUUGCGUUCGGGAUUGGUACAGCGGUGGGUCCUGUGAUCGGAGGACAGAUAUAUGAUCAUGCGAGACAUGGGUGGACCGCCGUUUGUUGCAUUACGGCGGCGCUCAUCGUCGUCUGCGUCACUCUCGCGUUCUGCUAUACUGGCGCUGAUCCUUUACUUGCCAAGGUUCUGCGUCAUCAUUACCCCAUUGAUUCAAUACGAAAGAACCCAGACGAAGAAUCUAGCAGUACUGACAAUACUAGCCGGACCUAUAUCGUAGCAGGGACUGAUUUUGCGUAGACGUGGACAUUUUUUACAUUAUAGGUUUCCCUAUUCACUUGGAAGUUCAUGUGUAUCAUACAUAUAUAGCAUAGGCCAAUGGACAAUAGGGAAAACUACAUAUCCUAAUCAAACGAAUUCUGGUACAUA